AUGAGGGAGUUCAUCUUUGUUUCUGAGUACCUGAAGCUCCUCUACAUGGACAACGGCAAACUAGCUCAGGCUCGGGAGGAGAAAAUUUCCUUUCCUAGAACUGUGUGGUUCUUUAAGAACCAUGACCGGUCAACUGGGGUGUCUGGAGGCGUCGUGUCAGGCCGGGAAGGUGGCAGAAAGAAGCCCCUGAAACAGCCCAAGAAGCAGGCCAAGGAAGUGGGCGAGGAAGAUAAAGCUUUCAAGCAGAAACAAAAAGAGGAGCAGAAGAAACUGGAGGAGCUAAAAGCCAAGGCUGAGGGGAAGGGACCCCUGGCAACAGGUGGAAUUAAGAAAUCUGGCAAAAAGUAA